AUGCAAGGAACACCAACCCUUCCCCUGUUCCAUAGAAACAGGAAGAGGUUUCUCGAAGACAAAGAAUCAGAUUGUUUCCGUGUUUCAAUAAAAACUACCAUCCUGCUGCAGCAGCAGCAAUUGGGCGCGCUCCUCGGCCGAAUGCGGGCGCGUAAGACAUUUCGAAACAGGGGGUUGGUGUUCGUUUUCGGUUCGGUUCAGCAUGGCGAGCGAGGGAGGCGAGUGACGAUGUGUGAAUUGGAGUACAUGUAUGUAUCAACUUGUCAAAGUGCACUUUUCAUUCGGGAUGCAGAUAAGAUAGUGAAAAUGGUGGAGUGGGUACCUGACCUGAUCGAGGGCUGA